AUGGAGAACAUGUACGUCAUCAAGGUGCACUCUGCAGAGGAGAUAGAUGAUGCGAUGGUGCUGUUUUCAGUAGUGGCGCAUGUGAAAUUGGAGGUGACAUCUCCACAUACUAUCGUACUCAGACUCGAAGGAGAUAAUCGACUCCGGAAGAAGACCAUUGAAGAGAAACUGGGGAGCCUACGUUCGUCCGGAGAAAAUGUCCAGCAGCAUAAUUAUGACAAAGACUACAUCCCCUCAACAUCUGGACCUCCAGCCUCCAAUGACUAUAUCAACUCCUGCUGCAAAAUGUGUCUGGAAGCCAAGUUUCUUCCAGGUAGUGCAGCACAUGUUUACAAAUGA